AUGUCGCAAUUCGAAGUGAAGCGCAAGCGCGCGCGAGUCGCAUGCGAGCCAUGUCGGGAGCGCAAGCGAAAAUGCGAUGGCGAUGAGCCUUGCAAUACCUGCCGUUACUGGGACUAUGAUUGUUACUACGAUCGCCAGCCACGACGGAGGCGUACGCAUCAAGAGGCCCCCGCGGAGGUUGCCCCGAGCCCUGGCUCUCCAUACAGAAACCCAAGCGACGCACACGGGGUGGUUCGGCGGCUCGAGGCUAACUCGGGGGCUGCAUUUGUGCACAAAAUGGGCUUGAAGAUUGACCCUGGCAAAGCCCCCAAGCUUAGCCUUUUCGGCUGGAAUAUUGGCAAACGAAACCUGUCCUCGCCAAUUGGGAAUGUCACUGCUGCCAUGUCAAUUACGGACAUUACAUCACUGGGACAUAUGAGGAGUCUUGCCCAAAUCUACUUCGACAAACUGCAUCCUUGUUAUGGGUUUAUCGACCCCUCUCAUUUCUUUGAGCGAUUAACAGCACGAUGGAACUCAACCUCGGUCAGCAGCUUAUACGAUUGUGUACUGGGCGGCGUUGCUGCGCUAGGCUGUCUGUUCUCUCAACGGAACAUGACCAUGACCGAGAUCCACCUGGUCGGAUCUGCAUGCGCAACACUAGAGCUACAUGUGUUGACCGGCGUACCUCCAGUAGAUCUGCUCACCGGAUGGACGCUGCGCGUUAUCUAUAUGCGAAUGACAGACUUGCCCCAUGCUACUUGGAUGACGAGUUCAAGAUUGAUGCACCUGGUUGAGGCCGCCGGAUUCCAUCUAGAGUCCGCCGAUUCGGUGUUUCCACGCAGCAGCACCACAGGAUGUGAUCCAGAUAUCAGAAGGAGGCUCUUUGGGGUAGCCCAACACUUGAACAUGUGGACUUCUUAUGACCUUGGUCUGUCCCGGGUGUCUUUUCAAAAGAAUGACCUGCCAUUCCCCCCAUCAGUCAAGCCGGGGGAUUUCACCCACGAGGUGCUGGGCCUUCUGCCUGUAUCCGCCAGUCUCGAUCCUGGAAAGUCAAAGGAAGAGGAAGUGGAUCUAGAAGCGACACUUUCUAAGACUCUAGAUGGUGUUCAUAAAGAACCGCCCUCUAUCAUGGCGCAGUGCAACCUUGCCCUGUGCAUUUUGAGAAGAAUCCACACGCAAAACUUUGAUAUCCCCUCUCACAUAGCGGAGAGAGUUCUCGAUCUCUUCAAAAGAGGUCUCAGUUGCUCACGCACAAUGGUGACAAACUGUACUCCCUGGCAUCAAAUGGCAAAUGUACCUUUCCAAAUCACCUGCGUUCUGCUCGUCAUGGACACACGGCCAUCUUUGUCAAUGCUUCCGGAAGCUAUGCAGACACUGAAGCUUGUUGCCUCCACUUAUGACACAGACAGCAUGAGGGAAGCGUGGAGUGCUGCUCGCUUGCUUGUAAUGCUUCAUCAGCAGCGCCGGAAAGAUGAUAUCGCCAUUUUCAAUCAGUCCCUGGAGCUGGAAACGGAACAGGGCCCGCUAGAGCCACCUACUCAAGAGAACGCAAGCGCCGAAGAAUAUUCAUGGCUGGGCGCUCUUGUGGCUGAUCUCCCUGGCCUACAAAAAGUAGACCUUGAUCAAUUCCUCAAUGCGGACAUGAUGGACAAUUCAAGCUUACUUGGUGGAUCCGGAUGA